AAAUUCUCAUAUAAUAUAAUAACAAAAACUAAUUCUUUAAUUAAAGGCAGUAAAAUUUACAUAAAAGUGGAUCAUUCUUAUCAUCUGCUUUCCAUUAAUACAUACUUUACGUCCUUCAUAUAAUCUAAAACAAAAAUCUAAUAAUAUUAAACGUGUUAUCUCUCGCUGAUAACAGUAUAGUGAUAUCAUCCGCAUGAUUAGUGUAUGGUUAGCACCUUGUAAUACAUCAUUAGAAACGCGCAAACUGUAAAAUGUUUAAGAAAAAUCGUUCGAAAAUACCAAAAAUACCUUCAACUAGUGAUCAACCGGUCGAGGAAAAUGUACAAAAAUCACAAAUAUCACCAGUGUCGCCAGUUACGAAAAACUCUCUACAAUUUUAUUGCCAGUUAGCGCACGGAAGUCCAACAUCGUUCGUUUCCGGCUUUGCAAACAUUAAGGAACUUUACGAAAAAAUCGGUGAGUGCUUCAACAUGCCAGCAUCAGAGAUACUAUUUUGCACACUCAACACCUACAAGAUAGACAUGAAGAAACUACUGGGAGGGCAAAUAGGUUUAGAAGAUUUUAUAUUCGCUCACACUAAAGGUCGGCCGAAAGAAUUGGAACUCACAAAAUCAGAAAAUGCUCUAGGACUCACCAUCACAGACAACGGUGCAGGUUACGCAUUCAUAAAACGAAUAAAAGAAGACUCAUUAAUUCACAAAAUUACCCAGAUACAAGUAGGUGAUCACAUUGAAAAGUUAAACGGAGUUAGCAUGAUCGGUAAAAGGCACUUUGAAGUAGCGAAAGCUUUGAAAGAAAUUCCUCUAGAUUCAACUUUUACUAUAAGAAUUGUAGAACCAAUGAAGAGCGGAUUUACCGCUGUAGCUCCAAAAUCGAAAGGUUCUUCGAGUAAAAAGAGUUACGGCAGUGGCAAAGAAACUUUGAGGUUUAAAGCUGACGGUAACGCAGAGAUUCGAGAACAGGAUGAAGUUAUGGAUGCAGGUAUUGAAAAAAUUAAUAACAUUUUAGAAUCUUUCAUGGGAAUCAACGAUUCGGAACUCGCGGCUCAAAUAUGGGAACUGUCAAAAGAUAAACAAAAUUCGAUGGAUUUUGCUGAAGCAGUGGAUGACUCUGAGUUGGCUGUGUUUGAAUUCAAUGAUGAACUGAUAAUAGAAAUUUGGGGUGCUAUUACUGACGCGCGAGAUCACAGGUUGUAGAUUAUUAAUAAUAAAAUUUGUUUAUUUAUUUUCGGUUAUAUUUAUUCAUAAUUCUUAAAAACAUUUCAAUAGCUGCAGAUAAUUUUAGAAAAUUUCAUAUUUUUUUUAUUUGUAAGUUGUAAUUAAUGACAAAUACAUUUAUUUCUAAUCUAAUCUUAAUGAAGUGUGUAAUCUAGUGAUUUGUUCAAAACAUUUUGUUUUAAUUAAAUAAUAUACUUUAUUCUACAAAAAGAGACAUUUUAAAUUUUGA